AUGCAGAAUGACUCGAGCUGGUUACGAGAGGUCUGGGACUCUAAUCUGGAGGAGGAAAUGGAAGUCCUACGAGAUCUGGUUGAAAAGUAUCCAUACAUUUCAAUGGAUACUGAAUUCCCGGGUGUAGUAGCUCGCCCCGUAGGCAAUUUCCGUACUUCAUCAGACUAUCAUUAUCAAACACUGCGAUGUAAUGUCGACUUGCUAAAGAUUAUACAGUUGGGCUUGUCCUUUGCUGAUGAAGAGGGCAAUCUCCCUCCCGGUGUAUGCUGUUGGCAAUUCAACUUUAAAUUUAACCUAAAUGACGAUAUGUACGCACAGGAUUCAAUCGACCUGCUAACAAAGUCUGGUAUCGAUUUCAAAAAACACGACGAGUUUGGAAUUGAUGUGGAACAUUUCGGUGAAGUCUUGAUAUCUUCUGGAUUUGUAUUGUUGGAUGAUGUCAAAUGGAUAUCCUUCCACAGUGGUUAUGACUUUGGAUAUCUCUUGAAGGUCUUAACAUGCCAAGCACUACCACCAGAAGAAUCAGAUUUCUUUGAAUUGCUCAAAAUCUACUUUCCGUGUAUUUACGAUAUCAAGUUCCUGAUGAAGAGCUGCAAAAACCUAAAAGGUGGGCUGCAAGAACUAGCAGAUGACUUGUCAAUAUCACGAAUAGGUCCACAGCAUCAGGCUGGUAGUGAUUCACUAUUGACCUCGAAAACAUUCUUCAAAAUGAGAGCUACCUUCUUUGAUAACGUGGUGGAUGAUUCAAAGUAUUUGGGUGUCUUGUAUGGACUCUCGACUACUUUUUCAGCAUAG